GAUGGUACCUUCAGACGCGGUGUCCCUAUUGUCGUUCAAGAGGGAAGCAGACUUAGACGACAAGCUCCUCUACACACUGAACGAGCCAUACGACUAUUGCGAAUGGCAGGGCGUGAAAUGCGCACAGGGAAGGGUUGUACGCUUCGUCGUUCAAGACAUGGGCCUCCGCGGCCUCUUUCCCUCCAACACCCUAACUCGCCUCGACCAGCUCCGAGUCAUGAGUCUCCGUAACAACUCGCUAUUCGGACCCAUUCCGGAUCUGUCACCACUCAUCAACCUCAAGUCUCUUUUUCUUGAUCAUAACCAUUUCUCGGGUUCUUUCCCUCCUUCAAUACUCUUUCUUCACCGAAUCCUCACUCUCUCAUUAUCACACAACAACCUCACCGGUCCAGUUCCGGUUCAACUCACCCUCCUCGACCGCCUCAUUUCCCUCCGGCUCGACUCUAACUCCUUCUCCGGUUCACUUCCCCCGCUGAACCAGACCGCGCUCAGAGUCUUCAACAUCUCCAAUAACAACCUCACCGGUCCGGUUCCUGUCACUCCGACACUUUCUCGUUUCCACGCGACGUCGUUUUUGGGAAACCCUGGUCUCUGCGGGGAGAUUCUUCACAAGCAGUGUGACUCUCAUUCUCGAUUCUUUGGUUCAUCCAACAACACCGCCUCCUCUUCCGCGCCGUUAGGCCAGAACGAAGAGUCAACCGGCAUUGUUGUGGUUACUGUUACUUCCCCUACCCAGAAGAAGCAUAAAAAAACCGGUUUGGCUCUCGGGUUCACCGUUGGGGUUGCUGUUCUCGCUGCCUUUGCUUUUGUGAUCGCGUUGGUUAAGAAACAGAAACAGAAACAGAAUCAGAAUCAGAAUCAGAAACAGAAAGGGUCGAGAAAAAUGGAAGCUUUAGAAAGUACCCCUCCGGUGACUACGGUGGUGGAGAUGCGGAAUGAGGAAUUGAAGGUGAAAUUGGAGGAGGCGCAUAAGAGUGGGAAGCUAGUGUUCUGCUGCGGGGAGGUGCAAAAUUACACGCUGGAGCAGCUCAUGAGGGCUUCGGCGGAACUGCUUGGAAGGGGUAGUUUGGGAACAACGUACAAGGCGGUGUUGGAUUCGCAUUUGAUCUUGACGGUGAAGAGGUUGGAUGCUGGGAAAACUGCGGUGACGAGUGGGGAAGUGUUUGAAAAACGCAUGGAGAUGGUCGGUAGGCUUCGACACCCUAAUUUGAUUCCUUUGAGGGCUUAUUUUCAGGCAAAGGGAGAGAGACUUAUUAUAUAUGAUUAUCAACCUAAUGGCAGUCUAUUCAACCUUGUUCAUGGUUCAAGAUCAGCAAGGGCUAAGCCCCUCCAUUGGACAUCAUGUUUAAAAAUUGCCGAAGAUGUAGCCCAUGGACUUGCAUAUAUGCACCAAGCUUCGUCUUUAAUUCAUGGCAACCUAAAGUCCUCUAAUGUCCUUCUUGGAGUGGACUUUGAAGCUUGUAUUACGGACUAUAGUUUGGCCUUCCUUGCAGGCCCGUCUUCAUUCACCGAGGAUCCUGAUUCUGCUGCAUAUAAAGCACCAGAGGUUCGAAAGUCUAGCCGCAGGGCCACUUCCAAGUCUGAUGUGUAUGCUUUUGGGGUGCUUCUGCUGGAGCUUUUGACGGGUAAACAUCCUUCCCAACAUCCUUUCCUUGUGCCAACGGAUUUGCAAGAUUGGGUUAGAGCAAUGAGGGAUGAUGAUGGUUGUGAAGAUAACCGGCUAGAAAUGCUCACAGAGGUUGCCAGUAUUUGCAGUGCAACCUCGCCGGAGCAGAGGCCAGCAAUGUGGCAAGUCCUUAAGAUGAUACAAGGAAUAAAGGACAGUGUUGCUAUGGAGGACACUACACUUACUGGACUCUAAUAGUUUGUGUGCAAAUCUGACUGAAUUGUAU